AUGCUGCUAAAGUUGGCGCUCGGAAGGGGUGAGGUGGGUUCUCCGCUCCAUCCCACCGCUGUCACCAAUGCAGCGACCGAAGGUGUUGAGGACAGCACACAUGGGGUAGUGGAAAGCACGGAAGGUAAUUCCUGACCAACACCGGACUGAAAAGGAUUGUCAAGUCAGUUUAAGUUAGUUUAUUUAAGGAAUGACGUUCUUGUCCUUGAUUUCUUUCUCAUAACCAAAAACAUCAAUAGAAUCAAUUGUUACGGCAGUACUUCUGGAAAUAUAAAGGCUAUCGGUAUGCGUGGGUCAGGUGCGACCUAACGCUACUGGUACAAUCGUAAAUUUAUAUACAGUUUUGUCUCUGCAAAUGAGUGCCUAGUCUACACUUAAAGGAUUCAGUAGUUUUGGAAAGGACCACCGCGUCAUGGAAUUCAUUCCAUGCUCCAACGACCCUCCAAGAGAAGGCGUUCUGUCGAACGUCCGUAUAGACCGACGUUUUCCGUGGUUUAAAUGGAUGACCACACAGGCAGUCCGUCCCAGCCAAUUCAAAGAAGAUGUCAAAGUCUAGGGCAUACUCGCGACCUUUGAAUGCGGUAAGUUUGAAUGAGGUCGACAUGCAGUUGCCUGUAAUUGAGAAGAAACAGCUGCAGUUCAGCAAUCUAGUGUUUUUGGGCCGAAGGGGCUUAAUUAACCUGUAGGAUAGUAUGUCACAGAAGGAAAUGGCCCAUUAACCCCUAUCGGUCAGCAACAUCCCAACUCCAGAUGAUGUAGCAGCCGAGAAUUAAAUCGGGGUCCAAUGUGUCAUUUUGCACUUAAGUAAAAGAUUUUUAUUGUAAAGGAAGCCUAUACUAGCUGCUGAGAAGAAGCGAAACAGAAUACUGCAUAUGCUGUAAAUGAAGGUCAUUACCUAGCAGUGCAAAACAUUGAACUGAACUUUUAGCUUUAACCGUAACAGCAAAUAAAUAGAUAAAUUGUUUUAUUUAGCUCCUACGCAGGUGCUUCUCAUGGCAACAUUUAAAACACAAACAUAAUCGUCGGCAUGUGAAAGUAGAGGCAAGAAGUGCAGUGCGGCAGUUUUUGUUUAUUUUUUCAUAAAUGUGUGCGACGAUGUAGUUGCCCCCUGAUCUUCCGAACAACGCUAUUUAACCAUUUUAACCGCCAGGACUUUUUGCCUAUUCUACAGGGCUAGGUAUUGGUUGGUAAGGUGUGGUGCAGGACUAAAAUUAAUGACUUCCCUAUGCAUCAUAUGGCCCUCGACUUAUGCUGUGGUAGAACAUGUUACGAAAUGCCCCAUGGCUUGCUUCGGCAAAAAACACACACCACUGACUAGCUGUCAAUAGAAAGUUCUGAUUACUUAUCAGAUUUCGUGGCGGAAAGUGGGCAGUUCGUUUGCGCAGUCAUUGACGUAUACGAGGAACAGUGUAGGGCCAAUAACUGAGCCUUGGGGAACACCACUCCUAACGGCAACCUCGGCAGAUUGCUGGUCACUGACGUGGACGGCUUGAGAGCGGCCGAUUAAAAAGCUCCGAAUCCACAUCAGCGCUUUUUAAUCGGGUGCUCUCAAGCCGUCCACGUCAGUGACCAGCAAUCUGCCGAGGUUGCCAUUAGGAGUGGUGUUCCCCAAGGCUCUGUUCUUGUCCCUACACUGUUCCUCGUAUACGUCAAUGACUGCACAAACGAACUGAACUGCGAUGUCGUAAUGUUUGCCGAUGACAUAAAGAUCUGGAGUACCAUAAGAAGCGAAGUUGACGAGGCGCGACUGCAUACAAAUCUGGACCACCUUGAGCAAUGGUCGAAAGAGUGGCUUCUAACGUUCAACGUAAACAAGUGUAAUUUCCUACGCGUCGGCAGAACCAGUUCUUCUAACCACACAGUCCACCGUCUGACUGGCAAACCACUGCAAGAAGUCGACGCCCAGAAGGACUUGGGUGUAUGGAUCACAACCUCGCUUAAGCCUUCGCUGCAAUGUUCAAAGGUGGCCAAGUCGGCGAUGUCCAUUCUAUACCUCGUCAAACGGGCAUUCUCCUACUUUGAUGAAGACUGCUUCGCCAAGGUUUUUCAAACCUUCGUGAGACCGCAUCUGAAGUUUGCUAUCCGAGCAUGGAGACAUUGGACCGCUAAAGACUUCGGCAUAUUUUGAAAAGUUCAACGGCGAGCAACGAAACUUGUAUCUGGGCAGUGAUCACUACCCUACGAAACACGAUUAGCUAAUCUUGACCUCUUUCCUUUGAGUUACAGACAGCUACGUGGGGACCUGAUACAAGUUUUCCGCAUCUUGCGCAAUCAGGGCUGCUGCCUCGCACCAGGAGACUUCUUCGAUUUGGCGACCACGACUAACCGGAGAAGCCAUCCACUCAAACUGCGUGUGGCUGGUGCCCGGCUAGACACACGAAAGUUCUUCUUCGCCAACAGAGUGGUUGCAGCUUGGAAUGCCUUGCCUGAGAAUGUUGUUAUGUCGGGAUCCGUAGAUACUUUUAAACGGAGGCUAGAUCACUAUUGGAGCGCCAACCACAAUAACGGCGGUCUACCGCCACCUUGAUAGCCAACAUAGACAAAUUAGUGUUACGAAGAUGCUACUACCAACAUUUAAGUAACAUAUGUUUAUGUAAUUUACUAGUUUUGUCUACGUCGCACACCCCUGCUCGCAUUCACCACGAUGCCUGUAGACUAAACAAUUUUACUUCUUUUCCCGUAUCUUAAGUGUGCUUCAACUGUCCGCUGUAUUUAAUCAGCAAAGCAAGUUAAUGUGCCUCUAAAUUCUGUUAACGCAUGACAUUCUGUGUUCAUCUGUACAGUUUUUGCUAUUCCCCUCGCACUUCUUUCAUGUUACUUCCUUUCCAUUUCCUCCAUAUAUAUCCUCUGCAUGUAACCAAUAGGGAUUUCAAAGGUACACAGCUAUUUUCCCUGAAAUAUACUGAUACUGAUACUGAAUAAUUCUUUGGUUUUAUUCUGACUGGUAUGACGGCCAGGGAAAUUUAUCGGUUAGAUAUGCUUAUGUAGCCUUACCUGAAGUAAACAAAUUCCUACCACCUGUAAUACGGGGCCGGCGGUAAUAGGAGAUUUUACAAGUGGGGCCGGGGAACGCACAGGCGACGAGGUCAAGUAACUGCAUGUAGGAGGAAAGCUAUCGGGAAUGCGCGGUUGUACUUUGAAUGGUUGAUAAAUAGUUGCCCUAACCCCGACCCCUAACCCUAAACCUAAACCCCUAACUCCAACCCCAGCAGUAUUGUGCCCAUUAUGUGAAACUGCAUAACCACAUCUUACCGAUUUACCAAUUAUCUAUUGCUGGAUUUCAUAGUCCAAACGUUAACUAUAUUCACGAUGUAAGGUAAAAGACUAGCAACCGAACAUUUUAUUGUGGUAUUUCUAUUUGCCGAAGGUAGGGUAGAAUUAAAGUAGCCUCGAAGUAUAAAAAGACUGAAAGGAUGCUAAUGAAUUUAUCCCGAAUUAGUUGGGCACCAGUUUUUGAACUUCAGAAACCUACAACUUAGGCGUGAAGCCUUUCAAUAAGUGAAUAAACGCAUCGGCUUGUAUCGUGCAUCAAACUGGAGGAGAGGUAGAUGAUGAUGAUGAUGAUGAUGAUGAUGAUGAUGAUGAUGAUGAGGAAGAAGAAGGAGAAGAAGAAGAAGAAGAAGAAGAAGAAGAAGAAGAAGAAGAAGAAGAAGAAGAAGAAGAAGAAGAAGAAGAAGAGGAAGAAUACAUGCUUCUUUGGCCGGGCGGCAUGAAUUCUACCUCUAAAUUGAUGAGUAAAUCGCAAAAGUGA